AUGGCAGCAAGGGCAGCCGCUCAGCCGAGUCGGACGCCACGACUGAAGCGCGCCCUCUGUGUCAAGUACGUAACGUUUUUAAGUUACGCAAAAACAAUUAGGCUGAAGGGACCCUGGAACAGGUACUACGGUUGCUUGUUUCGGACGGCAGGGCCAGCCGUGACAUCCAUGAGGGGGUUGCUGGGAACCGUUGUGAUGCCUCAUGGAGGAGGAGAGUUGCCUCGAAAGAAAGAGCUGCCGUUCGCUAAGCCGCCUCGAAAGAAAGAGCUGCUGUUUGAUAAGCCGCCUCGAAACAAAGAGCUGCUGUUCGCCAAGCUGCCUCGAAACAAAGAGCUGCUGUUCGCCAAGCUGCUAAGUCAUAUGCUCUCCAAGCCAGUAAAAAUCGCUUCCUUCGAUUUCGAUGGCACGUUGAUUAACCCCACAGGAGAGAAGCACCCCAACAGUGUCCUAGUCAGUACGGAAGCAAUACACAGCAUCACUGUCUUAAAAAAAAUACACCAAUACAAUAUCGUUAUUUUUUCCAACCAAACGUGUGUCUCUUCCCCCUUGUAUGACUCUACCCACGUGGAGCAGAACAAGCUCCCCAUCCUAUUCUCAAAGAUGCAACAAUUAACAGAUGCGCUGCGAUAUUUUUAUGCACUUUAUGAGAGUCAGCUGGGGGGGCAACUGAAUGGAGUUGGAUACCCUUCGAUUAAGCGUCGACGUGGGAGGAGAGUCCCCCCCGAUGAUACCCCUAUUGGCCCUACUCACAAAAAUAACUGCUCGGUCAGUGCCUUCUUUGCAGUCGGGAAAGGUAAUAUCGAAGCGUUGGAUAUAUACCCAAAGCCUAGCGAGGGACAGUACUGCUUGUUCAUCUGCUUGGAGGGGAUCAAAUAUGCCCUGAUAAUAAUGAGUUAUUUUGCAAAAGGGUAUGGGAGCCUACUGGAGAGAGAAAUAAUGAAACAGAAAGACAAACCUUUGGGAGAGUUCCUCCGAGUUGUGGUCGAUAUGUUUAGUAAUCCCUAUUUAUGUGCUUUGGUGAAGAGGCUUCGGAGGGGUGUAUUUCACCUGAACAAGGAGAGCUUUUACGCGGGGGACAACGUCGGCCGGGACUUCGACAAGUCCGACGUGGAUUCGCAGUUUGCCGCACGGGCUAGGAUGAGACUCCUGGAUGAUGGCCAGGCACGCCAAUUCGGUGGCCCUAAACAGUGA